GUGCGCCAGUGUGCGCAUGUGCAAGGUUGAGGCGCAAUGGCAGGUGUCGGGGUCGGACCGCUGCAGGGGAUGGUGCGAUUUGGGCUGCUGGUGCUUACUGUGUGUGCUGCGUGUGCCCGCGGGCUCUAUUUCCACAUCGGCGAGACUGAGAAGCGCUGCUUCAUCGAGGAAAUACCCGACGAGACCAUGGUCAUCGGCAACUAUCGAACUCAGAUGUGGGACAAACAGAAAGAGGUCUUCCUGCCAUCGACCCCCGGCCUGGGCAUGCAUGUAGAGGUGAAGGACCCGGACGGCAAGGUUGUACUGUCCCGGCAAUACGGCUCCGAGGGCCGUUUCACGUUCACUUCCCACACACCCGGUGACCAUCAGAUUUGUCUGCACUCCAACUCCACCAGAAUGGCUCUCUUCGCUGGAGGCAAACUGCGUGUACACUUGGACAUCCAGGUUGGGGAGCAUGCCAACAACUACCCUGAGAUCGCCGCUAAGGAUAAGUUAACAGAGCUACAGCUUCGAGCUCGCCAGUUGCUUGAUCAGGUCGAACAGAUCCAGAAGGAGCAGGAUUACCAGAGGUAUCGUGAAGAGCGCUUCCGUCUGACCAGUGAGAGCACCAACCAGAGGGUCCUGUGGUGGUCCAUCGCCCAGACCGUCAUCCUCAUCCUCACGGGCAUCUGGCAGAUGCGUCACCUCAAGAGCUUCUUUGAGGCCAAGAAGCUGGUGUAGGGAUCUCGCCCUAUAACCUUCCCCUUUUACCUCAAUUAUUUGAUAAUUUCCCCACCCAGCCCCUCAUCCACCUGGAGUUUGAGGAGGAAAAAAUGAAAAAACGGUGUGUCAUUGGUAUCAUGGCACUAAGCCAUUCAGAUCAGUUCCCCUUGACCCUGGUUCUCCAAGAAGCAGACAUUGGUCUAAGCCUUCAAGACCUGUCUUAGGGUUUGGGAGAAGUUGGAAUUAACCCACGAUCAAGUCAUUUCUUUUGCCUCUGGUGAAUCUCCUCCGUUUUUGAAGAGAUGACCAAAUGCACUUCUGUUUUCUGUUUGUCUGCUUGUCAGGUAAGCAGCUGGCAUGCCUGUGGAGGAGGAGGCCUUGCCGCAAUGUUCCUGGGUCAGUCCCGAGUUCUCCCAGUGGCUUUGUGAAUGUAAAUAAGGGCAGUUCGGGGCCCUGAAGGAGUGAGAUGUUUUUCUAUAUUUUAGAACUAUUUUUGGAUAAAUUAUAUAUUUUCCAUCCUGAUGGAAUCGUCAUCACUGCCUGUAACUAGCAAAGCCACCAGUCCAGACCAUAUCCAUUCUGCUUAUCACACAGUUUUAAUAACUGCCAUGCAGUGAUUUUCGGCACUCUGGGGCCAGAAAGCAGCUCUCUGUCAGACGGCCAACAAGAGUUCUCUGGAAUCCUUGUGAGUUCCCACAGGGUCACAAUGUCAGGAAAGAGUGGCAGAUCCUCAAGUUUCACUUAAGCAGUGGUAAACGUUUGAAGGUUCAUUUUUUGUUGGAACUCCUUUUGUAGACUAGCCUAGUCUCAGGUCCACUGUGUGUGUAUGCCUACCAAAUGUUGUGAUAAAAGAGGCACGCGUCACCACACCUGAUAAAUAUUUUCUUCAAGGGAACCAGAGUUUGGUUCUUUAUGCAAAUUUUUUCCCAAUGAAAUAAAACAUAGUUAACUGUG